AUGUACAACAGUCAUUCCGAUAUCUGGGUAGGCGUCUCAAUCCAACAGGCAGGUGCCUUUGCUGCAGUGGUAGUCGAUUUCGUUGUCUACCCAGUCGACACCCUCAAAACCCGAAUACAGUCUCCAGACUACGAGAAGGUAUUCAAAGACGUACGCACAGGAGCCGUGAAACGCCAUGUGCUUUUCCGAGGACUAUAUCAGGGAGUGUGGAGUGUGGUAUUUUCAACUAUACCAUCUUCUGGCGCUUUCUUCACUACAUAUGAAGCCGUGAGAAGUACUCUGCAAAAUUCUUCAAUAAAAAAUGUCACGAGAUCGGAUGAUAUCAGAACAAUCUACCCUAAAGGUUCUCUAAUUAGUGUACAAUUGCCAUUCACACAUUCCCUUCCUACUCCCGUUAUGAAUGGGAUUGCCUCCUCUGCCGGAGAGAUGGUGUCAUGUCUCAUCCUCACGCCGGCAGAAGCUCUGAAACAAAACGCGCAAAUGGUCCAGGCUCCUAGCAAAAACAUCAAUCAACAUUUGACCAAAUCUGCCAUGCACCAAGUGCUUUCAAGAUUUCGACAUCGUCCUUGGCGCUUGUGGAAUGGAUAUACGGCGCUGGUUGGUCGAAACUUACCGACCACAGCCUUACAGUUUCCGCUGUUUGAAUAUGUUCGAUCACAUCUCAUUGACCGACGGAGAACACAGAAAGCGACUCGCACAAACACAAACCGACCAUCUUCCGAACAGUCAGAUCAACUGAUCGAACGGGCCGGGUUGACGGGUAUUUCGGCGGCGCUUGCGGGUACAAUCACAUCGACAGUGACUACUCCCAUCGAUGUGAUCAAGACCCGAGUCAUGCUUUCAGCGACCGAUGCUGGCACCCAGGCUGGUGCUCGUGACAGUAAGGUGGUAGCGUCGUUGGCCCAGCCGAAGACCAAGUCUUACAAAUUGCCUAUUACUGUCGGUCGUGAUAUCGUAGACCACGAAGGUAUCCGCGGCUUAUUUAAGGGCGGGCUGAUACGUGCUGGGUGGACAGCGAUUGCUUCGGGUUUGUAUCUCAGUCUGUAUGAAGGAGGCCGAUUUUAUCUCGAAAGUCGACGGAAGAAGCGGGACCAGCUUGAUCGGAAAUACGGAAAGACUGCUGAUGAGGGCGACAAGGCCAUCUAG